AGAAAGAGACAUAGGAAGAGGAGGGCCCUGGGAAGGCCAGUUUGGGAUCCAGUCCCUAGAAUCCCCCAAGUAGCCUGGUGCUCUUAGAACUCAUGAAGAUAGACUUUGGGCCUUUAAGACCCACAGGGAAUUUCUCCAAUAUGACCUGGCCCCAUGGCUCCCUUCCUGAAGACAGACCUGGCUGUGGAUUUUAUAAUGAGCUCUGUGAAACUCAGUCUGCUUUUACGGGCGUGACUGCUGUGCUUCUCACAUUGAUGAUCCUCAUUCCUGUCUUGGGAGCUGCCAUCAUAGGUCUGAUUUUAAGGAUGCAGAGGCAAAACAAAGACGUCUGGUGGCAAAUCAAUUUUGAUGAUAUCACCAUUCUUCCCCAGAACAAGCCAUCCCAGAGAGGCACACCUGUGUCAAAAGGCAUCAACAGUAACUCAUCUAGUGUGAUGAUUUCUGUGGACCUCAGCUCUUUUGUCAAGAGCCAGCAGUGGGAAGAGCUCUUCUAUGCCCCAGUAGGGCUUUAUCAGGGAAACCAUGUGGCCAUCCGUUACGUUGGUGACCAAGCAGAAGCCUGGGUUAGGAAGCCGAUUGUGCUACAGGAAAUACAGCUGGAUGUUUUGAGAAACUCGGAUCAUGAAAUGGAUUGGAUAUUCAAACUCUCAUUUGCAUACGACAUAGUCAAUGGCAUGCUGUUCCUCCACAGGAGCCCCCUGGGCUCCCACGGCAACCUGAAACCUUCCAACUGCCUGAUGGAUGGUCGGCUGCAGGUGAAGCUGUCGUGAUUCGGACUGUGGGAACUCAAGCAUGGCUAAAAAUACAGAACAUAUGAUGAGACAGUGACCAACCACUCAGAGCUCUACUGGACUGCCCCAGAGCUGCUGCGGUUCCCGGAGAUGCCCUGGUCGGGUACCCCGCAAGGAGAUGUUUACAGCUUCGCCAUUCUGAUGAGGGAGCUGAUCUACCAUUGGGACCACGGGCCCUUUGAUGACCUCCACGAGGCACUGGAUGAAAUCAUCAACCGAAUCAAAGACCCUGCAGCAGCAGUCCCACUGCAACCUUCCCUGCCCGAGGAGAAGGGCAAUGAAAAGAUCGUGGCCAUGGUGAGGGUGUGUUGGGAUGAAUCUCUGGAGAAAAGACCCAGUUUCUCUUCCAUCAAGAAAACUUUACGAGAGGCCAGUCCCAGAGGCCAUGUGAGCAUACUGGCCAGUGUGAUGAGCAAGCUGGAAGUGUAUGCCAAUUACCUGGAGGAAGUGGUGCAAGAGAGGACCAGCCAGCUGACUGCAGAGAAGAGGAAGGUGGAGAAGCUUCUGUCCACCAAAGUGCCCAGCUUCACUGGAGAACAACUCCUAGCCGGAAGGUCCGUGGAACCAGAACAUUUCGAAUCUGUGACAGUCUUUUUAUCUGAUAUUGUUGGAUUCACAAAGCUGUGUUCUCUCAGCUCCCCUUUGCAAGUCGUCAAGCUCCUCCGUGACGUGUACAGUUUAUUCGAUCACAUCAUCACAACUUAUGAUGUUUAUAAGAUUGAGACCAUUGGAGACGCAUACAUGGUGGCUAGUGGACUCCACCGCAAUGGAAGCCAGCAUGUGGCUGAGAUUGCCACCAUGUCCCUGCACUUCCUCAGUGCCACCAUCUGCUUCCAAAUUGGGCACAUGCCGCAGGAGAAGCUCCAGCUUCGGAUUGGCCUCUACACAGGUCCUGUGGUGGCUGGUGUGCUGGGGAUUACCAUGUCCAGAUACUGUCUAUUUGGAGACACUGUCAACAUGGCAUCCAGAAUGGAGAGCAGCAGUUCACCUCUCCGGAUUCAUGUCUCUCAGAGCACUGCAAGCACCCUGGUGGCAUUGGGAGGGUACGAUUUGCUAAAGAGAGGCACCAUUCCAGUCAAGGGCAAAGGAGAGCAAACAACUUUCUGGUUGAAAGAUAAAGAAGGCUUCACUCUUCCUCCCGAAUUUACUGAGGAAAAAGCCAAAGUCCCAGAGAUAUUGUGA